AUGAAAUCUACAUUAUUAUCGAUAAAGUUUAUCACAGUUUUGAUUGUUAUACUAGUCGUUAGUAUAGAUAAUGUCCAAAAUCAGUCAAUGGAUGCAAUCGGGUUGUUGGCCUCGUGCGGUAACCAAUGCUGGAAACAGGACCCGCACACCAAUAAGUCACCCGAAACUAUCAAUCCGGGACCCGAACCCGGAUUGGAUACGGUUGUUGUCCGUUGUAUGCAACAGUGUUUUGCGGAGAAAACCAAAAAACCGAAUAAAGACGAGAAGUUGCCGCCGAUACAGAUCCUGAAGAUUAAGGUAUCGGCAUAUUGUGGACAUAUAUGCUAUACAAAUAAUAAAUUGGCGAAACGGGCACUGGAUUAUUGUUAUGCCGGUUGUCUGGGAACUAUACUACAGUCGGCAAAAGUUACGGCCCAACAACAAAAUAACAACAACAACAACAACCGUACAAUUGGAUAAUCAUUUAAAUUUAUUUUUUAAUAAUAAUAAUAAUAAUAAUAAUAAA